CGAUGGAAAGGUGUCAUGCAUGUGGUAGAUACAAAACAAUUCCAAUUUGAUGCAUUUGUGUCAUAUGCAGAAGAGGACUAUCAACUAGUCUGUACAACUCUGUAUCUCGAGUUGAUUCGUUUAGGCUUCCAGGUAAGCUUACCGGAUAAGGAUUUUCUUCCCGGUAUAUCAAAGGCUGAACAACUCCUGCAGUGUAUUGAUGACAGCCGGAAAGUAAUUAUUGUCGCAUCUGAAAACUUCCUGGUGAGUGGAUGGGAAUCCUACGCCGUUCAGAUGGUAGUGACUCAUGCCUUUCACAAUCACAGACAAAAAUCCAUAAUAGUGAUCAUUAAAGAUGAUAUUCCUGUAGAGAGGAUGCCAAAGGAUUUAAGAUACAUAUGGUGGUCUAUCAUAAGCAUUCGGUGGCCAGAAAAUGGUGAAAACAUGAAUUCAUUUUGGGAAGAAUUAUCUACCGCUUUACACUCAGAAGGGAAGAAAAGAUAAUGAAUUCUUAUAUACACUUCUUGUUCAAUCUCGCUCAUUUUAAGAUUUAUUGCAUAUUUAUAUAACGUAAAAUGCACUGUAUACAAGAUGUGUAAGGCGUCAUGAUAAUUCGACAUCCUCGCUUAGA